UUUUUCCUCCCGGGUGCUCUUGUGGCGUAGGCUCCUAGGUGGGGGAGCAAGAUUCGGUCCAGCGCCUUUGUUGGUGUUUGAACUUGGGCUCCCAUUCAGGCUCUUUUACCGCCUGUUUGCCUCCUCCCAGGAGUGGGAGUGCCUUGGUUGUCCAUCUGUGGCUAAGCAGUGGAGUGCCAUGAAGCGGGCAGCGAUGCAGCUUUGUAUCUUGAACAAGGGGUUGUUUACUCAUGGCAGAGGACUGUGUCGGCUAUCCCAGUACAAUGCACAUGGACCCAUACACAUACGUGAAGUUCGGAGUAAGCUGCGGGACAUAGUAGGUGUAUCCACAAACUGGAGAGACCAUAUAAAAGCAAUGGAGGAAAGAAAGUUACUUCACAAUUUUUUGGCUAAAUCACAGAAAGCCCUACCACCGAGGAAAAUGCAGGACAGUUACAUCGAAGUCCUCCUACCUUUGGGUAGUGAUCCUACACUACGAGAUAAAUAUUUGACUGUUCAAAACACAGUAAGAUUCGGCAGGAUUCUUGAGGACCUCGACAGCUUAGGAGUUCUUAUUUGUUACAUGCACACCAAAAAUCAUGCUAGCAAGAUGUCUCCUUUAUCAAUAGUUACUGCCCUGGUGGACAAGAUUGAUAUGUGUAAGCAGAGCUUAAGCCCUGAACAAGACAUUAAGUUCACUGGCCAUGUUAGCUGGGUUGGAAAGACAUCCAUGGAAGUGAAGAUGAAAAUGUUCCAGCUGCACACUAAAGAUAAUGAAUUUUGGCCUGUUUUGGAUGCAACCUUUGUAAUGGUGGCUCGAGAUUCUGAAAAUAAAGGGCCAGCAUUUGUAAAUCCACUCAUCAUUGAAAAUGAAGAAGAAGAAGAGCUCUUUAGACAAGGAGAACUGAACAAGGGCCGAAGGAUUGCCGUUAGCUCCGUUUCAUUACUGAAAAUGGCUCCCAGUCCUGAGGAGAGGAAUACCAUACAUGAACUGUUUCUAAGUACGCUGGAUCCAAAGACAAUAAGUUUUCAGAGUCGAAUUUUGCCUCCUAACUCCGUGUGGAUGGAAAAUACAAAACUCAAGAGCUUGGAUAUUUGUCACCCUCAGGAGAGGAACAUUUUCAACCGGAUCUUUGGUGGUUUUCUUAUGAGAAAAGCAUAUGAACUUGCAUGGGCCACUGCUUGUAGCUUUGGUGGUUCCCGGCCAUUUGUGAUAACAGUUGAUGAUAUCAUGUUUCAGAAACCCGUUGAAGUUGGCUCAUUGCUUUUUCUUUCUGCACAGGUAUGCUUCACUCAGAACAAUUACAUUCAAGUCAGAGUACAUAGUGAAGUGGCCUCUCUUCAGAGUAAUGAGCAUAUGACCACCAAUGUCUUUCAUUUUACAUUCAUGUCGGAAAAAGAAGUACCCUUGAUUUUCCCCAAAACAUAUGGAGAGUCCAUGUUGUAUUUAGAUGGACAGCGGCAUUUCAAGGCUAUGAAUGUCCCAGUGAUCUUGGAAAAGGACUGCCCUGUGGAGCCCUAGGAUAAUCUCAGUUGUUGUAAACUAGCAUUCCUUGCACAGCCACAUAGUCCCAAAUAAAGGCAUUCUUGAAAG